CCUGCUCGCCGGCCAUUGUUCUUCUUCACGCCCCUCCCUCAUCCCUCUGUCCUUUGAUUUCUCCCCCGCCAACUCUCCCAGCCUACGUGCUUUCCUCCAGGAUGUCCACCACCACUGCCCGCGCCGACUUCGAGGCCAUCUUCCCCUCUCUGCGCGAAGACCUCCUGGACUAUGCGAAGCAGUACAAGUUGCCCCAGAACGCCGUCGAGUGGUUCGAGAAGGCCCUCAAUGUCAACGUUCCCGGCGGAAAGCUCAACCGUGGUCUCUCCGUCCCCGACACCGGCCUCGCUCUCCUGAAGCAACCCCUGACCGACGAGCAGUUCAAGCACCUCAGUCUGCUGGGUUGGCUCACCGAACUGCUCCAGGCUUUCUUCCUGGUCAGCGAUGACAUUAUGGACGGCUCCAUCACCCGCCGCGGCCAGCCCUGCUGGUACAGGCACGCCGGUGUCGGCCUGGUCGCCAUCAACGACGCCUUCCUGCUCGAGUCCGGUAUCUACAUCAUCCUGAAGAAGUACUUCCGGUCCCACCCCGCCUACAUCGAUCUCGUCGAGCUCUUCCACGAGACUACCUUCCAGACCGAGCUGGGUCAGCUCUGUGACCUGAUCACCGCCCCCGAGGACAACGUCAACCUCGACAACUUCUCCAUGGAGAAGUACAUGUUCAUCGUCACCUACAAGACGGCCUACUACAGCUUCUACCUCCCCGUCGCCAUGGCCCUGCACUACCUCCAGCUCGCGACCCCCGAGAACCUCCGUCAGGCUCACGACAUCCUCAUCCCCCUGGGUCAGUACUUCCAGGUCCAGGAUGACUACCUCGAUGCCUACGGUGACCCGGCCGUCAUUGGCAAGAUCGGUACCGAUAUCCAGGACAACAAGUGCUCGUGGUUGGUCAACCAGGCUCUUCAUCGUUGCAACGCCGAGCAGCGCAAGGUGCUUGAUACUGCCUACGGUCGUAAGGACAGCCAGCUCGAGGCCCAGGUCAAGGCCAUCUACAGGGAGUUGGAUCUGGAGAAGGUCUACAAGGAGUACGAGGAGGGCAUCGUUGGCGAGCUGCGCACCAAGAUCAGCAGCAUCGACGAGUCGGAGGGACUGAAGAAGGAGGUCUUCGAGGCCUUCCUGGCCAAGAUCUACAAGCGCACCAAAUAGACAUUCAGCCAUCUUUUGGAGGAACGAUACCCCUGCCAUUCUACGCGUCAUCAUGUCUCUACAUAAUACAUAGCCUACAUACCCCAUCCAGAUAGAUUAGCUGAAUGACUGAGACGAAGUGCAUUGCACGGCUGUAUUUAAUC